ACAGAAUAUGGAGGAAGAAUAUAUAUGACCUGUCUGGAUUCUUCUUUGCAGCCAGGACAUACUGAUAAGUGCAUACAAGCUUGCUACGAUAAACUAUCAUCUCACAAUUUCUCUAGACUUUGUGGCGAUCAAACUUGACAUUACAACAACAAAAUGCCUAGCUCAGAACAAGCCUCUACAUCCACCAAACGAAACCUCAUCGUAAUCUCCAACCGACUCCCUCUCUCCGUCAAACGCAGUGAAGAUGGUUCCUAUAUCUCCAGCAUGUCAAGCGGUGGACUGGUCACCUCGCUUUCCGGGUUGACCAAGACAGCUGAAUUUCGCUGGUAUGGAUGGCCGGGGAUGAGUCCGAAGGAGUCCGUGGAGCAGGACGAGAUUCGACGCAGUUUGGCGCCGCAUAAUGCGAUUCCAGUGUUUUUGGAUGAGGAGUUGGCUCAGAAGCAUUACAAUGGUUUCUCCAAUCAAAUUCUGUGGCCGAUUCUACACUACCAACCCGGCGUGACGUACGACGAAGGGAAAUGGGAAGCCUACAAAAAGGUUAAUGAAAUCUUUGCCGAUACCAUAGCAGAGGCUGCUCAGGAAGAGGACUUAAUCUGGGUACAUGACUAUCAUUUGAUGCUACUGCCGGAAUUGUUGAGAGAGCGAAUGGCCAAGAAGAAACGACAAGCCUGUAUUGGGUUCUCGUUGCAUACGCCUUUCCCGCCGUCAGAGUCGUUGAAGGUGUUGCCCGUGGCAAAGGAUAUUCUGAAGGGGAUGUUGUCGAGUACAUUGGUCGGGUUUCACACAGAGGAUUAUAGGAAGAAUUUCAGCGAGAGCUGUGAAUAUUUAUUGAACGCACGAGUACAAGAUAGUUCAAUCUUAUACAAAGACCGACUCGUCAAAACAGGCCAUUUCACCGUCGGCAUUGAUCCGGACAAAUUCAACGAAACGCUCAAGAAAGAUGACGUCCAGGCACGCAUCCACGAUCUGAAUGAGCGAUACAAAGAUAUCAAAGUAAUUGUUGGCGUGGAUAGGCUGGAUUACAUCAAAGGCCUGACGCAGAAAUUACACGGAUUCGAGCAAUUCUUGACCGAUUACCCGAAAUGGCAAGGGAAAGUCGUCUUGAUCCAAGUUGCGGUACCAAGUCGAGAAGAUGUCAAGGAGUAUCAGGAACUAGAGACGGAGCUUAGUUGCCUGGUUGGGAAGAUUAACGGGAAAUUUAGCAAACCCGAAUACUCUCCAAUCAUAUAUCUCCACCGUUCCAUCCCCUUCACCGAACUCACAGCUCUAUACUCAAUUGCAGACAUGUGUCUUCUAACAUCUAGCCGUGACGGCAUGAACCUCGUCGCUUUCGAAUAUAUUGCAUGUCAAGAACAACGAAACGGCGUAUUGGCGCUUUCCGAGUUUGCGGGUGCAUCUGUAUUCAUGGCUGACGGCACAAUACAGUUCCAUCCGGCGAAUAUCAAGGAGAUGUCGCAGUGUAUUCAUCAGGGGUUGACGAUGUCAAAGGAGGAGAGGAAGGAGAGAUACGACAAACUUGCCAAGUUUGUGCAUACGAAUACUAGUGCGAGAUGGGGUCAGUCUUUUGUGGCGGAGUUGUCGAAGCGGCAUGCCUAGAUGACAGAAUUUCGAGGAUAUACGUCAAGAGUAUUUUAGCAGCAAUGGUGUCAUGAGUAAACGCAUACUAGAUUUGGUGACAAGAAUGUUCAUUAUCUGAUUCUGUUAUCUACUUUUAAUCUGAUACUAGUAUCGUUCUGUCAGGACUAUAUCACCCUCACUCUGAGAGA